AUGGGCAAACCAGUUGUGCUGCAGCUCGGCGACGACAUCCGUUGGAACCAUGAAUUGCACACCAAGUUCCAGGAGCACUUCGAGAUCCGGCGAUCAUACAGUUUGUCGCGACCGGAGUUUAUCCGAGCGCUGAAGGAGAAGAAAUUUGGCGAUUUCUUUGCUAUCUACCGACCAUUCUGGAACACCGGUGGUGAGAUGGGCAACUGGAAUGACGAAUUGAUUUCGCUGCUGCCGGAUUCGUGCAAAGUGUAUGCCAGCGCAGGCGCUGGCUUCGACUGGGUGGACACCGCUGCAUUGGCGAAGAAAGGUGUCGUAUACUGCAAUGCUGCCGCCGCAUGCACUGAAUCCGUAGCCGAUGCCGCCAUCUGGCUCAUCAUCUCGACCUUCCGACUCUUCUCUUGGUCCGCAAUGGCUGCCCGCUCGCUGGACCCCUACCAAUUCGUCGACGCGAACCGCAACCUCGCCCCUGUCUCCCUCAACCCCAAAGGCCACACGCUUGGUAUCAUCGGAUUUGGACAGAUCGGCCGACGCACAGCCGAGAAGGCAUUCAAGGCCCUCGACAUGAAGAUCCUCUACCACGACAUUGUCCAGAUGCCCCGCCAGCUCGAAGAGGUCUCGCAAGCGACCUAUCACAAGAACAUGGACACUCUAUUGGCUGAGUCAGACUGUGUAGUUGUUGCGACUCCCUUCAGUGGUGAGACGCUUCUGAACGCCUCAUUGCUGUCGAAGAUGAAGCGUGGUUCGCGGCUGGUGAACAUCGCUCGUGGUAAGCUGCUGGACGAGUCUGCCUUGGUGGAUGCCUUGAAGAGUGGUCAGCUCUCUGCGGCUGGCUUGGACGUUCACUACGAUGAGCCCAAUGUCAACAAGGAGCUUGGGAAGAUGAAGAAUGUGGAGAUCAUGUCGCACAACGCCGGUGCUUCGUUAGAUUCCCAUAUUGGAUUUGAGCGGUUGGGUAUGGAGAACAUCAUCUCCUUCUUGCAGAACGGCAAGGCCAUCACUCCUGUCAAUGCGCACCUGGUGGCCAAGAACUCUUCCUCGAAACUCUAG